AUGAAACCGAAGCUGUGGUCACGUGACAGGAGGCUGGUAUAUAGCGGGCUGCCAGCAACUCCUGCUCUUGCUUCUGGAUCUGCAGGGCACCAGCGCGGGUGUUGAGUCGUCCCAGCAGGACGCAUGGAGUGUCCUUCAUGCCAUCAUGUCUCCAAGGAGGAAGCCCCCAGGUUCUGCAGCCAGUGCGGAGAGAGGCUGCCUCCUGCAGCCCCCAUAGCAGGGAAUGAGAAGUGUCGGACUGAGCUGAAGGCUUGCCCAGCCCUACCUCCACUGUGCAUCUGUGCUCUGAGCACAAGCCAAGGCAUUCGUGUGGAGGCCCGGGGCGCCAGGAACCUGGUUUGCCCUGCACGUCUGCAGGAGCUGCUUCUUGGUCUCCCCACACCCUCCUGCCCAUGGGCCCUGGAUGCAGAGGGUGCUGGGGAGCUGGGAGCUGCGUCAGAGUUUUUGGUAGAUGCUACUGUAGACCUCAUAUCCGAUGAGUGGGAAGCUGCUCAUGCCAUACCCCGCAAGAGAAGGAAGCAGGACGCAGCCCCGCUUGAGGCCGCCGGCGUGCCUUCUGCAGACUGUGAGCAGAGCAAAAAGAAGAAAAGGAAGAAGAAAAAGAAUCUGAACAACUCCGCUUCCUCAGAGCUGGAUUCCUUGUCCCUGUCUCCUGCCAGCCCCUGUCAUCUGACUUUGCUUUCAAACCCGGAGCCUCAGGACGCAGCCCGGCCCCACAGCCAAGCCCAGCAGAGUGGCCCGACUGGCCAGCCGAGCCAGGCCCCGGGCACAGCCACCAUGCCACUGGAGGGUGACGGUCCCUCCGUGCCCACCAAGGUUGGUGACAGCCCCCUGCAGGCUCAGGCUUUGGGAGAAGCAGGAGUGGCCACAGGAGGUGAGGCUCAGAGCAGCCGCCAACCCCAGGACCACACAGAAGGGGAGGACAAGGACGCUUCCAUCCCCUCUGGGGGCAGAGGCCUGUCCCAGGAGGGGGCCGGUCCCCCCACCUCUGCUGGUAAAGGCCGUCCUGGGAAUGAAGAUGCUGCCCAGGAGCUCCUGUUGCCUGAGUCGAAAAGGGGCAGCUCUGAGCCCGGGACAGAACCGCAGACCACCAGGCAGCAGGCGGGGACCCCAGCCUCUACGGCAGUUGAUGCUGCAGCUGAGCCAGCCAAUGCAGUUAAAGGGGCUGGGAAGGAAAUGAAAGAGAAGAUCCAGGGAAUGAAACAGCUGCCAACAACCACUGCUGCUUCCAAAACACACUGCCAGGAAGCUGAGACCAAGACCAAGGACGAGACGGCUACUGCUGGAGAAAAAGUCGGUAAAAAUGAGCAAGGGGAGCCUGAAGACCCCAAGAAGCCAGAGGGGAAGAACAAAAGUGCAGCUGCUGCGAAAAAGGAGAAGGAACAAAAAAACCAGAAAGCGGGUGUCCAGGAAGUGAAGGCAAGGACGCUGAGCCCGGGCAGAGGAGUCACCGUGUACUUCCACGCCAUCAUCUCUAAUCAUUUCUCAUUCAAUCCCGACCACCAUAAAGUCUUCAUCAGAGGCGGAGAAGAACUCGGCGAGCCGAAAUGGAGCAGGAAUAUCUGCGAGCUGCACUGCACCAGAGCCUUACAUCGUGAUGGCAUUCUUGUUGAAGGCAGCGCCGUCAUUUCCAAGAAAUACCUAAAUAAAUACAUUCCUUACAAGUACGUCAUUUGUAAUAACAAGGGCUCUGCUGAGUAUGAGUUCAUCUACAAGCGCCAGCAGAAGGAGGGCGAGUACGUCAACCGCUGUCUGUUCAUAAAAUCUUCACUUUUGGGCUCAGGAGACUGGCAUCAGUACGAUGACAUAGUUUGUAUGAGGCCUCCCGGGAAACUUCAGAAAGUCAUGAACCAUAUCGCAGACUUCACGAGGAAGGACCUGGUGAAGGGGAAGCAGAUUGCCGCCACGGUCAUGCUGGAUGGCAUCUUCAGCAUCCUGCAGACCUGGGACACCAUCAACCUCAACAACUUCUUCACCCAGUUCCAGCAGUUUUAUUUUGUCGUGCGACAGCCUAUGAUUUAUGAAGGACACGCACAGCUGUGGACCGCUUUGCAGUAUGGGGAGAAAGAGGUGAAGAAAGACCUGUGGGAAUAUCUGCAAAAGCACAUGGCACCAUUUCUGGAGGGAAAAAGCGCGGACCUUUUCCCUACAGACUGCCCAGUGAGGAGUAAGCUGAAAAUGGGCCUGAUUAUCCUUUUUGUAGUGGAAAAAUUUCAGUUAGAAGACAACCUGACCUCAGUGUGUAACCUCCUGUCCUCGGAUGCCAGCUCACCAGAUGAGCUUCACAGUGACCUAAGCCACAUCCUUGGGACAUCUCAGAGCUGGCGGCUGUACCUGGUGAACCUGUGCCAAAGGUGCAUGGACAAAAGUAUGUACCACUGGCUGGGCAUCCUGCCUGUCCUGCACUGCUGUAUGGAACUGGCUCCGCGGCACAAGGACGCCUGGAGCCAGCCUGAGGACACCUGGGCCGCUCUGGAGGGAAUCUCUUUCUCACAGUUCCGGGAACAAACGCAAGAUACGAGCUGCUUACUUCGGUUUAUGCGCCAGAAUGAGCAUUUGCUGAGCGUGGAUGAGCCCCUCUUCCGAUCCUGGUUUAGUCUGCUACCUCUGAGUCACCUGGUUCCGUAUAUGAAAAACUUCAUUGAGCACCUGGGUCAUUUUCCUGCUCAUGUCCUGGACUGUUUUCUAGGAACUUACUACCGCCUGCGGGGACUUCAGAAAAUCUCCUUCCGGAAUAUGCAGGAUGUUCUGAACAUUUUAAAAAUGCUGUUGCACCUCCUGGACACUUACCAGGACAAGAUUCCCGAGGAGGCCUUGUCACCAUCCUACCUGACGGUGUGUCUGAAACUGCAUGAAGCCGUCUGCAACAGCACAAAGACACAUGAGUUUUAUGAGCUGCCAGCCUUAUCUGCCGAGAUUGUCUGCAGGAUGAUUAUACUUCUAUCUCUGGUGGUGAGUGGAGUCAACACACAAAGUAUCACACCGGGGAUAGGUGUGGAAUUUCAAGCAGCCUCAGUCUGGAAAGGAAACAGUCUGAUUCCGAGGUGCUGGGAUGAGAUGGAGCGGUGGAUUCCAGCAAAAGCCAUCCUGGGCUGCUGUGACCUGCCACUAGCACGGCUCACUGUUGACGAAGGCUGGGGAGAGCCCUGGCGUUCGCGUAGUCCCGCGCUCUCUGUCUGGAGGCGGCUGGUGGAAAUCCACUUCCCCGUGGAGCAUGGCUGGAAGGAGUCAUUGCUGGAAGACAUGGAAUGGAGGCUCAAACAGGAGAAGCCCCUCUCCCAGAUCACUGCCUACUGCAGUAGUCACUGGGACAGCGAAGGCUUAGAGGACAGUGUGGCCAAGACCUUCGAGAAAUGCAUCAUUGAAGCCGUGAGCUCAGCCUGCCAGUCUCAGACCAGUAUCCUUCGGGGGCUCUCUUGCUAUAAUCUGCAGAAAUUUGGUACCCUCUUGUCUGCUGUGAUCACUAAGUCCUGGCCUAGGAACAAUGGGGAAGCCGUGGACAACUUGGAUGACAUUUUAAAACAUCUGCUCACGUGGGCAGAUGUCAAGCAUCUCUUCAAAUUGUGUGGAACCAAUGAGGAAAUACUAGCAAAUAUUACAGAGGAUGGCAAGAAGUUGAUGGGUGCUGCUGACUCUGUGUUCACGAAAAUUGCUGGUGACCUCCGAAAUGGAACGAUUUUAGUUGGACAACUGGAGCUGAUUAUAAAGCACAAGAAUCAGUUUCUUGACAUCUGGCAACUGAAGGAAAAAAGUCUUUCACCCCAGGAUGAAAAAUGUACUAUGGAGGAAGCCCUGAAUUGGAGAAUGGAGGAACUGUUAUUUCUAGAGAAAGAGAAAAGAUGUGUUGAUAGUCUCCUGAAGAUGUGUGGGAAUGUGAAACACCUAGUACAAGUGGACUUUGGAGAGCUUGCAACAAGACACUCACAAGACCUCAGCAGUAAAAGAUUAAACGAAGCCGUGACCGUGAGACUGCCCACCUCCUCGAACUCAGAGAGGGAAACGCAUUACCACCUGAGCUCCCAGGUCCGAGAAAUGGCUGGGAAGAUAGACUUGCUCAGAGACAGCCACAUCUUCCAGAUCUUUUGGCGGAAAGCCGCAGAGCCGCUGAGUGAGCCUAAGGAAGAACAGGAAGCCGCAGAGUUGCUGAGCGAGCCCGAAGAAGAAUCAGAAAAGCACAUCCUUGAGCUUGAAGAGGUGUACGACUAUUUGUAUCAGCCUUCUUACAGAAAGUUCAUUAAACUGUACCAGGAUCUAAAGUCCGGAGAGGUCACCCUUGCAGAGAUUGAUGUCAUCUUCAAGGACUUUGUGAAUAAAUACACGGACCUGGUUUCAGAACUUAAGAUCAUGUGCACUGUGGACCACCAGGGCCAACGUGAUUGGAUCAAGGAGCGAGUCGAACAGAUCAAGGAAUACCAUCACCUGCACCAGGCUGUCCACGCAGCCAAGGUCAUCUUGCAGGUCAAAGAGAGCUUGGGACUGACCGGUGACUUCAGUGUUCUCAACACUUUACUAAAUUUUACUGAUGACUUUGACAAUUUUGGCCAUGAAACCCUGGACCAAAUCAACCAGGAGCUCAUCGGGGCCAAAAAGCUGCUCCAGGACAUCAGCGAGGCCCGGUGCGAGGGGCUGAAGGCUCUGUCCCUGAGGAAGGAGUUCAUCCGCUGGGUCCGGGAGGCUCUUGGAGGCAUCAACGAGCUGAAGGUGUUUGUGGACCUGGCCUCCAUCUCAGCGGGGGAGAAUGACAUUGACGUGGACCGGGUGGCCUGUUUCCAUGACGCCGUGCAGGGCUAUGCAUCCCUGCUGUUUAAGCUGGACCCCAGGGUGGGCUUUGAUGCCUUCAUGAAGCAUCUGAAAGAGCUGUGGAAGGCUCUGGACAAUGACCAGUACCUGCCCAGGAAACUGUGUGACUCUGCCAGGAACCUGGAGUGGCUGAAGACUGUGAAGGAGAGUCAUGGGUCUGUGGAACUCUCAUCCCUGACCCUGGCCACGGCCAUCAACCAAAGAGGCAUGUAUGUGAUCCACGCACCCAAAGGUGGCCAAAAGAUUUCCCCAGACACGGUUCUGCACUUGGUCCUUCCUGGGAGCCCUGGCAGCCACGAGGAGCCACGGGAGUACUGUUUAGAGGAGCUGAAGGAGCUUUUGAACAAGUUGAUGCUGAUGUCUGGCAAGAAGGAUCAUAAGAACACGGAAGUGGAGAGGUUUUCAGAGCUGGUGGAGGGUGGAGAUGUCACUGAGCUGCUGGCAGCCCUCUGCAGGCAGAUGGAGCACUUCCUUGACAGCUGGAAGAAAUUCGUGACCCAGAAGCGGAUGGAGCACUUUUACCUGAACUUCUACACGGCAGAGCAGCUGGUUUACCUGAGCACCGAGCUCAGGAAGCAGCCUCCCAGUGACGCCGCCCUAACGAUGCUGUCCUUCAUCAAAAGCAACUGCACCCUGAUGGAUGUCUUAAGGGCCUCUGUGGGGUGCGAGAGUGAGGCCGCCAGGUACCGCGUGAGGACGGUCACGGAAGAGCUCCCGCUGAUGCUCUUCUCGGAGUUCAGCCUGGCGGACAAGCUAAGGGUCAUCAUGGAGCAGUCCAGGGAGUGCCUUCCUGCCUUCCUGCCCGACUGCCUCGACCUAGAGACCCUUGGCCGCUGUCUGGCUCACCUGGCAGGGAUGGGUGGGUCUCCCGUGGAGCGGCAUCUCCCGAGAGGUCUGCAGGUCGGCCAGCCCAACCUGGUUGUGUGUGGCCACUCGGAGGUGCUGCCAGCCGCCCUGGCUGUCUACAUGCAAACCCCGAGCCAGCCCCUGCCCACCUACGAUGAGGUGCUGCUCUGCACCCCGGCAACCACCUUUGAGGAGGUGGCACUGCUGCUGCGCCGCUGCCUGACCCUGGGCUCCCUGGGGCACAAGGUCUACAGCCUGCUGUUCGCAGAUCAGCUGAGCUACGAGGUGGCGCGCCAAGCCGAGGAGCUGUUCCAGAAACUGUGUACGCAGCAGCACCGCGAAGACUACCAGCUCGUCAUGGUCUGCGAUGGGGACUGGGAGCACUGCUACCUCCCCUCUGCCUUCAGCCAGCACAAGGUCUUCGUCACCCCCCAGGCACCCCUCGAGGCCAUCCAAGCCUACCUGGCAGAUCACUACCGGGUCCCAAAGCAGACCCUGUCGGCGGCGGCCGUGUUCAAGGACCGCCUGUGUGUUGGGAUCGUGGCCUCCGAGCGAGCAGGUGUUGGAAAGUCUCUCUAUGUGAAGAGGUUGCACGACAAGCUAAAGAUACAGUUAAACAGGAAAAAGGUGCCUCUGAAAACGAUUCGACUGAUCGACCCUCAGGUGGAUGAGAGCCAAGUCCUGGGUGCCCUGCUGCCCUUCCUGGACGCGCAGUAUCAGAAGGUCCCCGUGCUCUUUCAUUUGGACGUGACCUCCUCAGUGCAGACUGGAAUUUGGGUGUUUCUUUUCAAGCUCCUCAUUUUACAAUACUUAAUGGAUAUAAACGGGAAAAUGUGGCUUCGGAACCCCUGCCAUUUGUAUAUCAUUGAAAUCCUGGAAAGGAGGACGUCAGUGCCGUCGAGGAGGUCUUCAAAGCUGCGUACACGUGUCCCCCAGUUCAGUUUUCUUGACAUCUUCCCAAAAGUCACCUGCAGGCCUCCCAAAGAGGUGAUAGACAUGGAGCUGAGUCCCCGGAGGAGUGACACAGAGCCUGGGAUGGAUCAGUGGGAGUUCUGCAGCGAAACUUUCCAAAGACCUUACCAAUAUUUAAGACGAUUCCAUCAAAACCAAGACCUAGACAUGUUUCAGUAUCAAGAAGGCUCUGUCGAAGGCACCCCAGAGGAAUGCCUCCAGCAUUUCCUGAUUUACUGCGGGGUAAUAAACCCAUCUUGGUCAGAACUUCGGAACUUUGCUCGGUUCCUGAAUUAUCAGCUCAGAGAUUGCGAGGCCUCUCUCUUCUGCAAUCCAAGUUUUAUUGGCGACACACUGAGAGGCUUCAAGAACUUUGUGGUGACCUUCAUGAUCUUUAUGGCAAGAGAUUUUGCCACACCAACACUCCAUACCUCUGACCAAAGCCCGGGGAAGCACAUGGUCACCAUGGAUGGGGUUAAGGAAGAAGAUCUAGCACCCUUCUCUCUCCGGAAGAGGUGGGAGUCGGAGCCUCACCCAUACGUUUUCUUCAAUGACGACCGCACCACCAUGACGUUCAUCGGCUUCUAUCUGCAGCCCAACAGCAAGGGCAGCGUCGACGCCAUCAAUCACUUGACUGGGAAGGUCAUCAAGAGAGAUGUCAUGACCAUGGACCUGUAUCAGGGGCUGCUGCUCCAGAGGGUGCCCUUCAAUGUCGACUUUGAUAAACUGCCCAGACACGAGAAACUUGAGAGGCUCUGCCUGACCUUAGGGAUCCGCUGGGCCAUUGACCCGGACGAAACGUAUGAGCUCACGACAGACAAUAUGCUUAAGAUCCUUGCCAUUGAGAUGCGGUUCCGGUGUGGGAUCCCGGUUAUCAUCAUGGGAGAAACUGGCUGUGGCAAAACCAGGCUUAUUAAAUUCCUUAGCGACCUGCGGCGUGCUGGUGCCGAUGCUGACACCAUAAAGCUGGUCAAGGUGCAUGGAGGAACAACCGCAGACAUGAUCUACUCCAGAGUCAGGGAGGCUGAAAAUGUGGCCUUCGCCAAUAAGGACCAACAUCAGUUGGACACCAUCUUGUUUUUUGAUGAAGCCAACACCACGGAAGCUGUAAGCUGUAUCAAAGAAGUCCUGUGUGAUCGUAUGGUGGACGGCCAGCCCCUGGCUAGGGACUCUGGCCUGCAUAUUAUAGCCGCCUGCAACCCGUACCGGAAGCACUCUGAGGAGAUGAUCUGCCGUUUGGAGUCAGCUGGUUUGGGCUACAGGGUGAGUGCGGAGGAGACGGCCGACAAGCUGGGCUCCAUUCCUCUGAGGCAGCUGGUGUACCGAGUCCACGCUCUGCCCCCGAGCCUGAUUCCUCUGGUGUGGGACUUUGGACAACUGAGUGACGCUGCUGAAAAGCUCUACAUCCAGCAGAUUGUCCAGAGACUGGUUGACUCCAUCAGCCUAGAUGAAAACGAGACUCGCGUGAUCACAGAAGUCCUCUGCGCCUCUCAGGGUUUCAUGAGGAAAAGAGAAGAUGAGUGUGGCUUUGUCAGCCUCAGGGACGUGGAGCGCUGUGUGAAAGUUUUCAGAUGGUUCCACGAGCACAGUGCGAUGCUCUUAGCGCAGCUGAAUUCCUUUCUCUCCAAGUCCAGCGUCAGCAAAAAUCACCUUGAGAGAGAUCCCGUCCUCUGGUCGUUGUUGCUGGCCGUCGGGGUGUGUUACCACGCCUCUUUAGAAAAGAAAGACUCAUAUCGGAAAGCCAUCGCCAGGUUCUUUCCGAAACCGUAUGACAACAGCAGGCUGCUUCUGGAUGAAAUAACGCGGGCACAGGAUCUUUUUCUGGACGGCAUACCUCUGAGGAAAACCAUCGCCAAGAACUUGGCCUUGAAGGAGAACGUCUUCAUGAUGGUCAUCUGCAUCGAGCUGAAGAUUCCCCUCUUCCUGGUGGGGAAGCCCGGCAGCUCCAAGUCCCUCGCCAAGACCAUCGUGGCCGACGCCAUGCAGGGCCCGGCCGCCUACUCAGAUCUCUUCCGCAGCCUGAAGCAGGUCCACCUGGUGUCGUUCCAGUGCAGCCCGCACUCCACCCCACAGGGCAUCAUUGGCACCUUCCGGCAGUGUGCCCGCUUUCAGCAGGGGAAGGACCUGCAGCAGUAUGUCUCCGUGGUGGUGUUAGAUGAGGUGGGGCUGGCGGAAGACUCGCCCAAAAUGCCCCUGAAGACUCUGCACCCGCUGCUGGAAGACGGUUGCAUUGAAGACGAUCCCGCCCCCCACAAAAAGGUUGGCUUUGUGGGCAUCUCCAACUGGGCCCUUGACCCUGCCAAGAUGAACCGGGGCAUUUUCGUGUCACGCGGCAGCCCCAACAAGCGAGAGCUCAUAGACAGUGCCAAGGGCAUCUGCUCCUCAGACAGCCUCAUCCAGGACCGAAUCCAAGGGUACUUUGCGUCCUUUGCCAAAGCCUACGAAACGGUGUGUGAGAACCAGGACAAGGAAUUCUUCGGGCUUCGUGACUACUACAGCCUCAUCAAAAUGGUCUUUGCUGCAGCGAAGGCUUCAAAUAGAAAGCCUUCCCCGCAAGACAUUGCACAGGCUGUCCUUAGGAACUUCAGUGGCAAGGAUGACAUCCACGCUUUAGACAUCUUCCUGGCCAAUUUGCCUGAGGCCAAGUGCUCAGAGGAAGUGAGUCCCCUGCAGCUGAUCAAACAGAACAUCUUUGGGCCUUCUCAGAAGGUGCCGGGUGGACAGCUGGAAGAUGCUGAGUCCCGCUACUUACUCUUGCUGACCAAAAACUACGUGGCACUACAGAUCCUGCAGCAGACGUUCUUCAAGGAGGACCAGCAGCCGGAGAUCAUUUUUGGUUCUGGUUUCCCCAAGGACCAGGAGUACACCCAGAUCUGCAGAAACAUCAAUCGUGUGAAGAUCUGCAUGGAAACAGGCAAGAUGGUGGUGCUCCUCAACCUGCAGAACCUCUACGAGAGCCUCUACGACGCGCUCAACCAGUACUACGUCCACCUCGGCGGCCAGAAGUACGUGGACCUCGGUCUGGGGACCCACCGCGUCAAAUGUCGGGUUCACCCCAACUUCCGCCUGAUCGUCAUUGAAGAGAAAGACAUCGUGUACAAACACUUUCCCAUCCCCCUCAUUAACCGGCUGGAGAAGCACUAUCUGGACAUCAACACGGUGCUGGAGAAAUGGCAGAAGAGCGUCGUGGAGGAGCUCCGUGCGUGGGUGGAGAAGUUCAUCGAUGUCAAAGCAGAGCAUUUCCUGAACAGGCACAAAUACAGCCCCUCUGACGUCUUCAUCGGCUACCACUCGGACGCCUGCGCCUCUGUGGUGCUGCAGGUCAUAGAGAGGCAGGGUCACAGAGAGGCCUUGACGGAGGAACUUUACCAGAAGGUGUCUGAGGCGGCCAGACUGAUCCUGCUGAACUGCGCUACGCCCGAUGCCGUGGUCCGGCUGAGCGCCUCCUCGCUGGGCUCGUUCCCAGGGAAGUCGCUGUCACAGGAGUACUUCUACAGACAGAGGCACAACUCCUUUGCAGAUUUCCUUCAGACGCACCUGCACACGACAGACCUGGAGCGCCAUGCCGUCUUCACAGAGAUCACCACUUUCUCCAGGCUGCUAACAAGUCACGACUGUGAAAUUUUAGAAUCAGAAGUCACAGGCAGGGCUUCGAAACUCACACUCCUGUGGCUGCAGCGGUUUGACACGGAGUUCUCAUUCCUCAAAGAAGUCCGAAACUGUUUAACGAAUACAGCCAAAUGUAAAAUCCUCAUUAUUCAGACAGAUUUUGAAGAUGGAAUCCAUAGUGCCCAGCUCAUUGCCUCAGCUAAGUAUUCUGCUAUAAAUGAAAUCAACAAAAUACAAGAAAACGAGGACCGUAUCUUCGUCUAUUUCAUCACAAAACUGUCCCGGAUGGGAAGAGGAACAGCUUAUGUGGGCUUCCAUGGAGGGCUGUGGCAGUCUGUCCACAUCGAUGACCUCCGGAGAUCCACCCUCAUGGUUUCAGAUAUGACCAGGCUGCAGAGUGUCACCAUCAGCCAGCUGUUCGCGCCCGGAGACUUGCCUGAGUUGGGCUUGGAACACCGGGCAGAAGACGGCCGUGAGGAGGCGAUGGAAACGGAGGCCAGCACGUCAGGGGAGGUGGCAGAGGAGGCCAUGGAAACAGAAGGUUCUGAGAAGGUGGAAAAGGAAACCUCUGAACUCGGAGGCAGUGAUGUGUCGAUCCUGGACACCACCAGGCUGCUGAGGAGCUGUGUGCAGAGCGCCGUGGGCAUGCUCAGAGACCAGAACGAGAGCUGCACGCGCAGUAUGCGGAGGGUGGUGCUCCUCCUGGACCUCUUAAACGAGGACAGCACGUGCCACGCCUCUUUCUUGCGGGUAUCCAAGAUGCGCCUCAACGUCCUUUUAAAGACGCAAGAAGAGAGCCAGUUGCACACUCUGGAGUGGGUGGCGAGAGAAGCCUGCAACCAGGACGCCCUCCAGGAGGCGGGCACAUUCAGGCACACCCUCUGGAAGCGGGUCCAAGGCGCUGUCACCCCUCUGCUGGCGAGCAUGAUAUCGUUCAUCGACAGAGACGGCAACCUUGAGCUACUGACUAGGCCAGAUACUCCGCCCUGGGCAAGAGACCUUUGGAUGUUUAUUUUCAGUGACAUGAAGCUUCUGAACAUUCCUCUAGUGAUGAAUAAUGCAAGACAUAAAGGUGAGAUGGCCUACAUCAUGGUGCAGAACUACAUGAACCUUUCCGAGAACGCUUCCAACAACGUACCUUUCAGCUGGAGAAUCAAGGACUAUCUGGAGGAGCUGUGGGUCCAGGCUCAGUACAUCACAGACGCAGAAGGACUGCCAAAGAAGUUCGUGGACAUCUUUCAGCAGACUCCUCUGGGCAGGUUUCUCGCCCAGCUCCAUGGAGAGCCGCAGCAGGAACUUCUUCAGUGUUACUCGAAGGACUUCAUUCUCUUGACCAUGCGUGUGGCAACGGAGGAGGAGUUAGAGUUUCUGCAGAUGGCUCUGUGGUCCUGCAUUAGGGAACUGAAAGCGGCGUCAGAAGCGCCCGAGGAAGAGGUCUCCUUACCGUGGGUGCACCUUGCCUACCAGCGUUUCAGAAGCCGGCUGCAGAACUUCUCCAGGAUCCUGACCAUCUACCCUCAGGUUCUCCACAGCCUGACGGAAGCCCCUCGGAACCAUGAGCUGGCUGGAUGUGAGAUGACCCUGGACGCAUUUGCCGCGAUGGCCUGCACGGAGAUGCUGACGAGAGACACCCUGAAGCCCAGUCCCCAGGCGUGGCUACAGUUGGUGAAGAAUCUUUCUAUGCCACUGGAGCUCAUCUGCUCCGAUGGGCACAUGCAAGGCAGUGGGAGCCUGGCCCAGGCUGUCAUCAGGGAAGUCAGAGCCCAAUGGAGUCGGAUUUUCUCCACCGCACUCUUUGUGGAGCAUGUGCUCCUAGGAACCGAGAGCCGGGUCCCCGAGUUAUGCAGGCUGGUUACCGAGCACGUCUUCUUACUAGACAAGUGUCUUCGAGAGAACUCCGACGUCAAGACGCACAGGCCUUUUGAGGCCGUGAUGAGCACCCUCUGUGAAUGCAAGGAGAGAGCCAGCAAGACCCUCAGCAGGUUUGGGGUCCAGCCGUGCCCCAUCUGCCUGGGAGACGCACAGGACCCCGUCUGUCUGCCCUGUGACCACGUGUACUGCCUGCGCUGCCUCAGGGCCUGGUUUGCCCCAGGGCAGAUGAUGUGCCCCUACUGUUUAACUGACUUGCCAGACAAAUUCUCUCCAACUGUUUCCCAAAGGCACAGGGAAGUCAUUGAAAAGCAUGCCCGCUUCCGGCAGAUGUGCAACAGCUUCUUCGUAGACCUGGUGUCCACCAUGUGCUUCAAGGACAACGCUCCGCCUGAGAAGGAAGUGAUUGAGAGCCUGCUCUCUCUGCUCUUCGUCCAAAAGGAGCUCUUAAGAGACGCUCCCCAGAGACGCCGUGAACACACAAAAUCUCUCUCUCCAUUCAAUGAUGUUGUGGAUAAGACUCCUGUCAUCCGCUCAGUGAUACUGAAACUGCUUUUGAAGUACAGCUUCGAUGAUGUAAAAGAUUAUAUUCAGGAUUACUUGACCCUGUUAAAAAAGAAAGCAUUCAUAAUUGAAGAUAAAACUGAACUGUACAUGCUCUUCAUCAACUGCCUGGAGGAUUCAAUACAUGAGAAGACCAGUGCUUGCUCCAGAAACGAUGAACUGAACCACCUAAGAGAGGAAGGUCGUUUCCUUAACACGUAUUCUCCAGUAAGACGUGGCCGAGAGCCGGCCAACGAGGCCUCAGUUGAAUACCUGCAAGAGGUGGCCCGGAUCCGCCUCUGCCUGGACAGAGCUUCAGAUUUCCUCUCGCAGCCUGAGGGAGGCCCAGGGAUGGCUGAGGAGAAGCAGUGCUACCUGCGGCAAGUCAAGCACUUCUGUACCCGGGUGGAAAACGACUGGCACCGGGUGUACCUGGUGCGGAAGCUCAGCAGCCAGCGGGGGAUGGAGUUCGUGCAGGGCCUCUCCAAGCCCGGCCAUCCGUACCAGUGGGUGUUCCCCAAGCAAGUCAUUGAGCAGCAGGGGCUGCAGAAGGACCACCCAGGCCAGAUGGAUAGGUACCUGGUGUACGGCGAUGAAUACAAGGCUCUCCGUGAUGCUGUGGCCAAAGCUGUCCUCGAGUGCAAGCCGCUGGGCAUUAAGACUGCUCUGAAGGCCUGCAAGACCCCCCAAAGCCAGCAGUCAGCCUACUUCCUGUUAACACUGUUCAGAGAGGUGGCUAUUUUGUAUAGAUCCCACAAUGCAAGCCUCCACCCCACGCCAGAGCAAUGUGAAGCUGUGAGCAAAUUCAUUGGCGAAUGCAAGAUCCUUUCACCUCCUGAGAUCAGCCAUUUUGCAACAUCGCUCGUGGACAAUUCUCUGCCAUUGUUGAGGGCGGGCCCCAGUGACAACCACCUUCAGGGAACAGUGACAGAAAUGGCCAUUCAUGCUGCAGCCAUCCUUCUGUGUGGACAGAAUAAAGUCUUGGAACCCCUAAAGAAUCUGGCCUUCUCCCCAGCCAACAUGGCGCAUGCUUUUCUUCCAACCAUGCCUGAAGACUUGCUGGCUCAAGCUCGGAGGUGGAAGGGUCUGGAGGGAGUCCACUGGUACACUUGUCCCAACGGCCAUCCUUGCUCCGUGGGAGAGUGUGGCAAGCCGAUGGAACAGAGCACCUGCAUUGACUGCCAUGCGCCGAUUGGAGGCAUUAAUCACAGACCUCAGGACGGCUUUAACCUGGUCAGCAACAGCACAGACAGAACGCAGACCGGCCACGUGCUAGGCGACCCGCAGCAGAGAGACGUGGUGACGUGUGACCGAGGGCUGCCCCCAGUGGUCUUCAUCCUCAUCCGGCUACUCACUCACUUGGCUCUGCUUCUGGGAGCUUCCCGGAGUUCCCAGGCUCUGAUAAACAUCAUUAAGCCUCCAGUGAGGGAUCCAAAAGGCUUUCUGCAGCAGCACAUCCUGAAGGACCUGGAGCAGUUGACCAAGAUGCUGGGACACAGUGCCGACGAGACCAUCAGUGUGGUCCACCUCGUCCUGCGCAGGCUUCUCCAAGAGCAGCACCAGCUCUCUGGCAAAAGGUUUUUAAAUUUUGACACAAGAUUGUCAACCAAAGAAAUGAGGAACAACUGGGAAAAGGAAAUCGCAGCUGUGAUUUCUCCUGAACUGGAGCAUCUAGAUAAAACCCUUCCCACCAUGAAUAUUCUCAUCAGCCAAGAUAAGCGUAUCAGCUCUAACCCUGUGGCCAAAAUAAUAUAUGGUGACCCAGUGACCUUCCUGCCCCACCUGCCCCGGAAAAGUGUGGUCCAUUGCUCUAAGAUUUGGAGCUGCAGAAAAAGAAUUACAGUUGAGUACCUCCAGCACAUCGUGGAACAGAAAAAUGGCAAAGAAAGAGUGCCCAUCCUCUGGCAUUUCCUGCAGAAGGAAGCAGAGCUGAGGCUGGUAAAGUUCCUGCCUGAGAUUUUGGCCCUGCAAAAAGGUCUAGUGAAGCGGUUCCAGAACGUCCCGCAAGUUGAAUACAGCUCCAUCAGAGGCUUCCUCAGCAGCCACAGCUCAGAGGGGCUGAGGCAGCUACUUCAGAAGAGAAUCACAAUCUUCCUCUCAACAUGGAACAAACUGAGGAGAUCGCUUGAGACGAACGUUAAUGGCACUACCACCCCCACAGCCCCUCCUCCUUCAGCCUCCAUGGUUAAAAGCAUCCUAUGGUGGGUUAAUGACGGGGCGCUCUUUGCCAAGGGAUACGCUGGGCAGUGCGGCACUACGCUGGAGCUCCGGCUGCAGAUUCUGUUUGGAAUACCCACUCUGGUAUACAGACACGACUGGAACUACGAACAUCUCUUUAUGGACAUCAAGAACAAAAUGGCGCAGGACUCCCUCCCCAGCUCGGUCAUUAGUGCCAUCAGUGGACAGCUGCAGUCCUACAGCGAUGCCUGUGAAGCGCUGUCGGUCGUAGAAGUCACUCUGGGGUUUCUGAGCACAGCUGGUGGGGAUCCAAACAUGCACCUGAAUAUGUAUAUCCAAGACGUCCUGAGAAUGGGUGAUCAGACGACUCACGUGUCAAAGGCCUUAGACAGAUGCCAGUUAAAACACACCAUUGCCCUCUGGCAGUUCCUGUCUGCUCAUAAGUCUGAACAGCUGCUGCGGCUGCAGAAAGAGCCAUUUGGGGAAAUCAGUUCAAGAUACAAAGCAGAUCUGAGCCCAGAAGACGCUAAGCUCCUCAGCACAUUCCUGAAUCAGAUUGGCCUAGACGCCUUCCUGCUGGAGCUGCACGAAAUGAUAAUCUUGAAACUAAAGAACCCCCAAACUGAGGGGAGCUUCAACCCUAAGUGGAGCCUGAGAGACACUCUGGUAAGUUACAUGGAAACUAAAGAAAAUGAAAUUCUUCCUGAAAUGGAAUCUCAGUUCCCAGAAAAGAUACUGCUCGCCAGCUGUGUCUCAGUGUGGAAAACAGCUGCUGUGCUGAAACGGGAUCGACAAAUGAGAUAGAAUUAUUUCCUCAGCUGUCUUCAGAUGACGUGGGAGAGAAGGCUCCUCUCUCCUCUCCUGCGGUGUGGACUUCAUCACGGACUGGUGCUUUUGCAUUCAGAAGGAAAGCUGUCAGCAUAGUACCGAAUUCAAGACCAAGGCGUGCUACAUGAGCUGACAGCAUUUUGAAGGCCGAGCUGUUUCUGGACCAUGUGUGUACAUGUUCUGAAACUUUCUCAUGAGUACUGUUCAUUGGGAGAUGACCAUGAAGAUUAGAUGAAAUUGGAAAUAAACCAAUAUUGUUUACAUUCCAAGAGACAAGUAGCUCAGCCACACUCGCAGCAAUGAUCUGUGCCCGCUCGCCUCUGGCACUGCCAACCCCUUUUUUU